AUGUUGCAGGUAGAAUCUUUAUUAUUGUCGAAAAUCCAUUAUCAGCAAGAUCCAUCUCAACAACUGUCCUUACAAAAUCCGGCAUCCUGCAGCGGUGCCGGAUAUACUCAUCAGAAUGGAUCCGCAUUUUGGACUGCCGUCGCUAGUUCAUCUUCCACGCUUAAUAAUCAACAGGUUCCUCAUAGUCCAGUCUCGUCCUCGUUUAGUAGCGAUGAAGAUGAAAUUAUCACCAAGAAAUCAUUCGAUGUUUCUCCGGGAAGAACGGCAAGUUAUUCUUCGGAAGGGUCAAUUAGCAGUUCACCGCUUCAAUCAUCUUCUGGCUCGUCAAUGAUCUUUUUGUCACCGUCGAUGAUGAACGUGGAACAAUCGCUUCCAAACCCUCGUUAUGCGCAAAAUCAACAAACCGUAGUUGAUACCAAUUUUGUAGUACAAAAAUAUCAAGCAUCCCAGACUCGAGAAAUUCUUGAUGAUAGGAAAUAUGAUCCGCCGGAUUCGUAUUGUCGCACUUUUAUUGAUUCCGGUUCCAAAAAAUCGACAUCGAGUUUAUCAAGUAAUCUUGAGCAUUAUAAAUUAACAAAUAGUAUACCAAAUAAAAAUACGGAUUUAAAUACGCCUGUGAUCGCGAUUCAUCGCGGAAGUGGAAAAAGAAUGAAGACAGAACAUGGGUCAAUCAAUGGUUUAAUAAAGGAUGCGAGUCAAUCGGGAUCAUAUGAAUCACAGUCGAUCACAAAUAGAAAUGUUUUAUGCAUUUCUCCAGAGUCAACCUUGAAUGAAUUCUCGAAAAUGCACAUCACUCAUACGUCGCAGCAGCAAGAAUCGUAUCCUAUUAGUUUGCCAUUGCCAAAGCUUAAAAUGCUUCCACCACCACAACGCGCGAUGAGUGAUACGUUUAUGUACACACAGUCAAAAGAUCAGCACAAGCGAUCUCGUUCAUUCUCAGAAGAGGAAAACAGAGAAAUUCAUGCUUUUAUGUCAUCUCAUGAUUCUCAUCGUAAUCAUGACUCAAAAUCACGAAUUAUUGCUGCAUCUUCUCGUCUCGGACCGAACCAAAGAUACUUUUUACAACAACAACAAUCAAAAGUUAAAAAUGAAAACUUCAACGGAAAUCAUCACGCGAAAAAAGCAGAAAAGCAGCGUUUGUUGAAAACCUUGUGGGUGAGUAGAGACACGGCUUCCCUCAUUAUCGAAGUGAUUUGGUCUCAUUUCCACAUCAACCCUGCUGCAAAAAUCAUUCCUCUUCGAGUUUUUCUUCAGGAGACACUUCGAAGAUCUAGAACCUCUUAUUCAACUCUUCAAACUGCACUUUUUUAUCUUUUCCGCAUUAAAACACAAAUCACGUCGCAUCAACCGAUGACGGCUAAACCCGAACCUCGCGCCCCUAAAAGAGACAACAAUGACCCGGCCACAUGUGGUCGUCGCAUGUUUCUAGCAGCGUUGAUUAUCGCGUCAAAAUAUCUUCAAGAUCGAAAUUACUCUAAUAAAGCUUGGUCAAAAAUUUCUGGACUCCCUGUGAAAGAGAUUAAUCAAAAUGAAAUUGUCUUUUUAAAAUUGAUCGACUAUAACCUGUUCAUCAGUGAAGAUAUCUUUAAACGAUGGAGCAGUCUCUUAUUGACACAUAUUCAGGCUAUUUCUGGAUCAUCGAUGAAAAAUGCGAACUCGUUUAGAUUAACUGAAAAUCAACGAGAAGUUGAACGAUUCCGAGAGAAAUUGCGAACUAUGGAUCCAAAGACUAUGGAAUGUCAACACAAUCGUGGUGGUGAUCUCGCUGAUAUUUUCUUGAUUACGCCGGAUCAAAGUGCGCCUGCUACUCCGCAAGAAUCAUCAGAUCCUAUUAACAAAGACACGAGGAAUGUGCAGAAAUUGAGUGGUAUCUUAAGUCCACAGGAAAUGGAUACAAAGAUGCAGACUGAAAACAAUGGAUCAAUAAUGGAUUAUGAUUGUUCUUCGUCUACUCACACUCCAACGAUGAUUUACGCACAACCAAAUUCUCAAUGA